AAAACAAACUUAAAAAAAAUUUUACAUGAUAUAACCCAAUUUACAUACGUCAGUACAUAGCAAAGUAAAUUUAGAACAAUUAUGAUCAUAAGACGUCUUCACGAUAACAUCCUCCAAGAUAAUGAAGUUACCUAAGUGCAAAUAAAUUUCAGCAAAACAGACAUUUGACUUCUCAGAAUCGAAUUUGAGUGUAAAAAGAUUCACAUACUCAUGCGUUCAUCGACGAAGAAGUAGCACAGACAACUGGAACGUAAGAAGUCUGGUCGGAACGUUAGCUCAACGAGGAGGAAUGCAAAUCUCCGAUGAAUCAACACGAAAAUAUCUUCCUCGGCAAAAAUUUCAGCUCGAUUUGCGCUAGUCGGUUCGCUUUUGUAGAAAGAAUCGUUAGCGAAGGAUUAAAUCGAUCGAGGAAUCGGAGGCUCGUAAAUAGGCGGCCCUCCGUUACGGGCUAGCGAUAUAUCCAUCGGGUGAUCUUGAAGAGGCGAAAAAUAAAGGCGAGUGGGUGGGACAACAAUCAUCGGAAGAAUGUCGUGCAGGAAGAAGAUAGACUCGAAACUGUGGCUGGACUAUAGCCAAGCGAUGGAAACCGAGGUACGAACGCUGAAGCAAGAGCUCGUUCGUACCCAGGAGGCCUUGAAGACGGCGACAAAGAGAUGCCGUGAUCUGGUGAAAGAGCUGGACAAUCGUACCGCGAGCCACGAGUCCGAGAGAACCCUUCGAGAUCAGCAACUCUCUCGAAUACUUCGUGCUCUGCUAGUCCUGGAGGCGCGGUUGAAGCAGGAGCAGAAAUCGAUCAGGCAGCUGCUCUGCGAGAAAGAUAACGUGAUCAGGAAUCAGCAGCUCGAGAUCGCCAGGCUCAGACGUUACACGAAGAACUACAUCAAGUGCAAACGCGAACAAACGCUGGGUAAAACUUUGGUGAAGGUUGAACCGACCGACAUCGAGGAGGGUGAUCUUCAAGUUUCCAAUGUCGAUCAAAUACGCCUGCCAUCGUUUCAAGCGAACCCCCGACAGGACUGCAGUAUUAGCAAAGACAUUCAGACCCUGAAGUGUGAGAUAAUCACGAAACUAAACGCCUCGGAAGUGGUACCUGUUGCGCUCGGGGAGCUGGACAGAGGAGUGAAGAAGACCCACAGCUUCGCCGGCAGCGAUAUCUCAAAAACGAGCUUGACAAGCAGCGAGAACACAGAUGUGUCUAUUAUCACGACCACCACGGAGGGUAGCCCUUCGUUGCUAAGCACAGAAGGUUUUUGCGAAGGCGAGAGCACGGACGUGUCCCCUGGCUCGACGUUGAACAAGUCCAACAGAUGCACAGAGACUAUAUUUACCGAUAGCGAGAACGAAACUACGAUGAUCUACGACGACUAUGACGAGGAUGAAGAAGCGGAUGAACAGACGAUGAUCACGGAGAACGGUUCGAAGUUGACUCGUAAGAAGGCUGGAAUCGGUAGGUCAAAGGUACAGAAAGCUUGCAAAGACGCGGAGGUAAUCGAGGCCACGAGCAUCGCGAGGACAGAGAGCAAAGAUGAUGGAAUGGACUGUAAUUUCGCGUCGGAGGAUGAGGAGAAGGAGCCUAUCUACGUUAACGCUUGCAACGAGACGAAUUCGAGGAACUCGGAACGCACUGAGUGCAUCAUCAACGACGCAUCCAAGACUAACGACGAUUAUAGUAAUAAUAAUAAUCACGGUAGCGGCAAUAACAACAAUAAUAACAACGAAGUGCUGUUAAAAAUGGAAAUGGAGGAGCAAACCGUAGAAGAGACCAGCGGGAACUGGUACAGUGACCCAGACGAAGAUAAAAUGAACGAUGAUGUCUUCAGGCACAGCACAUAUCGACCAAACAGUAAUCACAACUCUGUCUUGGAAUGCGUUAAUCAGAUCCUUCUCAGAGACAUGGAGGAAGAAGAAAGCAUCCUUUCCGUACCUAGGAGAUUCAAGCACCGUGGAAGAAUCGUUCGAUUCCAGCCAGCGAAAUUGUCGGACAUCGAAUCAGUGGGUUCUGAAAUGGAGAGGAAGAAUUCCGAGGAAGGCAUCGCGGAAAAGGAAUCGCCAGGGAAUGAUUUCAACGAUGUUCCUGCUAGUAGUUUCGAAGCUACUGCAACGGAGGACGAGUUUGGAAUGAGUCUUGCUCAAACUGUAUCAACACCAAGCGUAACAACUAACAUAGUGAAUCACGAGUCGAGUCUCGAAGAGGAGUCAGAGGAAUCGAAAGCUAUUCCGAUUGUGAUCAUAGAGCCAAAGGUCGAGGUUGAGGAGACGAGGCACAGUAGUUUCGCCUGUUCACCGACGAUGCAGAAGACGAAAUCGUCGUUGAACGCCUCGGUGAAUCCGCCUUUGAAACUGGAGCGAAUCGAGGAGAAGACAUGUUUGCAAAUGUCGACAAAAGGGCUGACAAUAGCAAAGAACCUCGAUUACGAAGACAUCGAGUCGCUUCCAGAGAUAAUAUCACCUCCUCCCAAAACACCGCCAGCGUUACCGCCCAAGCCGCAGUUUAAGAACAACACAUUGAUCCUGAAAAAAAUUCCUAGUCCCUCGUUUCUGAUCGACGAAACAAGGAAGAAGCAGCAGCUGCUGGAGUCCAGCUCGUCAGAGCACAGUAACAAGAUUUUUGGCUUCAUCUCCUCUCCCCUGAAGGCGGCAGGGAUCAACGUAUCCUCGGCGAGGAGCUUGAACUUUGAUGACACUGUUAAUAAAUCACCCGGAAACAACGAGGAAGGGAACUUUUGGAAAAACAGAUUUAACAAUGUCCGUUCCUCUUUCCAGUCGCGUCAGAAUCAUGAAACUAGCGGCGAACAAACGCGGAAGGUGCCGAGAGUCACAAACAUAGUUCGCCACUUCGAGGAAUUUAAAAUUGGAGGUGAUUCCGACGACCAGGCGAAAGAACGCGGCAAAGUGAAAGAGAAACACUCUCAUUCAGAGUUCGAUCAAGAGUUUGAUAUCAGACAGAAUUUCGAAGAGUUCAAUCUGGACGAGUGUGAUCUCUCCGAUGAUCCUGAUCGACCCGAAGGCGAUGGCUCGGAGAGGCUUGGCAAUCUUGGGGCUACAGUUGGCCAGAACGAGAAAUCUGCCGCAACCAAAGACAAUAAUAAUGUUCCUUUUACCGCGACCAACCCGAGUAGCGGCUACGAUCACUUCCUAGAAGCGACAGGGCUUAGCAAUAAAUCUAUACUGACGCCGUCGAGAUUGCUGAGUAACCAUAAAAGUAUGCUAAAGCCGAAAGAUGUAAAGUAUAAGAACAAAAUUAAAGCAACCGCGGUCUUGGAGAAGCAUGGUGUAUCUACGACCACGAAUAAUACCACACAUGUGAGACAUUGGACUGGACCGUUCGUUUGACGACUGGCUCAAGUUUUUCCAAAAAGUUUCUUUCACCAAGAAGUUGUCGACAAAGAAACGUAAUUUAAAAAAAUGUUGUGCACGUUAUUGAGGAUGUUAAUGGCUGUAGGAAUGUUCAACCGUGUUUUCAAUACUUUGAGCUUUUUAAACACGUUUUUGAAGGUAAAAUGUAUUUCUGUAAAUUAUUAUUGAUGUUUUUUUUUCUAAUACAAUAGAUAGAAAAAAUGUAGAGAUAAUUUAUUUAUAGCGGCUUCGAAUGAAAAAGUAUUUUGAUGUGUUGUAUAUUUUAAUAAAAUAUUUCUUACUUAUUUAUAGCAUUUCCGAUAGGAGUGAUGAAGUAAUUCACGGUAACUAACUAUGUACGGGUAAUCUGAUAUGUUUGAUAUUUGAGUUUCGGGUUGAGUUUGAAAGUAUUCAAAUCCUACUUACAAAGUUACGAAUUUCCCAAAUUUUUCUAAACCCAGCUCGAAACCAUAAUCUCGAAUGCUCGUACAUCUCUAGUAACAAUGUAUGUAUAUUAACUUAACUAUUUUGCUGUGAGAAAUACUGCGGAAAUUAUUGUCUUUAUCGCAGAAAUGUUUCUAUUCUGUUUUUACAGAUUUAUAAAUUUGUAAUAAUAACGACAUGUUUCGAUUUAAAUUAUUCUGUGAUUCUAUACUAAUCCGUAAUUACUACUAACAGUUCCACUGUAUAAGUCUCAUUAAAAUGUAUCAGUUACCAAAUUUCAACCAAUACUAUUCUUUAUUGAAAUUUGUCAUGUCCAUUUUUGUAGUCAAUUUUUAAUUAAAAUUUUGUCAAAUUUAGUAAAUAUCAUGUAAUUACGGGUUGCAUUAAAGAGAUAAUAAAAUCAGAAUAUAAUCCAUUAAAGCAUUUAAAGGUAAUGUAAUCAUGUUAAACGUCAGCUGAAAAACACCAAUAUGAGGAUAAAAAUAAAAAUAUACAUGUUUCUUCUAUUGUUGGAAAUAAAAUUAAAAAUGACUUUAUUGAAAGAUUUUUGCGUUUGAUUAAGAAAUAGGAGUACACCAGUACAAUGUUAAAUAUCUUGUGACGAUUUAUAAACAACUAGAACAUAUGAUACAAUUAUAUAUAAUAUAUAUAACUUCUACUAUCUAUAAAAAUACAACGCAACUCUAUAAAAAUACAAUGCUAACUGUCACUGGUAUCAAAAUCUAAAUAGGACACAGAAGAAAAAGUACUUCAGAAAAUGGACAUUAUUUAAAUUCGAACAUCUCACCAGUAAAUGUUAAAAGGAUUCCAUUUUCGCAGGUUAGUAUGAAUCACUCGUUCAGGCACUCUAUUACACUUGGCUAGCGCUAUAUUAUCAAUACAAAUGUAUAGAUAUAG